AUCGGAGGAUUUUGCUCGUACAAACACAGACCUUUAACCACCGGCACAGAUAUAAACAGACUACAGACAACAAGAACUAAACAAACGUCGGCUCACGGCAUUGACUUUUAGGCAUCAUGACAAACGUGGACGUGUCAAGCAAUCUGGAGCGUCAUGUUGCACGGAGGACCUUUCCUCUUCUCGCGCGCACAAAGGUUUGCCGAAACCUUUUCGGACCCGUAGAUCACGAGGAGCUGCACUGCGAAAUGACACGCAAACUCCAGGAGAUCUCCGAGCGGGACCAGAGCCGGUGGAAUUUUAACUUUGAGACCAACUCGCCUUUGAAUGGAGACUACGAAUGGGAGGAGAUUUCUGAAGACACUUUGGCAUUUUUCUACAAGGAUAAAGUCCAAAAUAAGAGCGCGUCUGUUAUUGCAACAGGAGACGCGCCCAGCACUCUUGACUGCGGGUUACAUGGGGUUUCCAGGGGUCCGACAGUUCAAGAGUCCGCGGACGUCCCGAGUCGACCCAGCGAACUCAACCAGGAGAACCUCUCUGGUGCACUCAACUCAAGACCAGCUCGUUCUUCAGUCCUCAGAAACAGACGAAAACGGGCACUCAUCCCAGAGACCCCCAGAAACAGCACGCCACAAAUUACAGACUUCUUCCCGAAAAGAAAAAGGACCCAGGAGUCCAAGCAGGAUGACGCGAGCUCGCUUCAAGCCGGCGCAUCCACCAGCACUGAAGUAACGCCGCGCAAAACUAUAAGAUGAUGUUUGCACUCCAUGCAGCAGUCCACCUGUGUUUAUCUGCAGAGCGGAUGAAAGAAAUCAAGGGGACACACUUUAACUCUUUCUCAUGUAGCAAUAAUGGCUCCGCCAACAGAGACUUUGUUGCAGUGUUACAAUGUCUAAACGGUGCAAUUUUAUAUUUCUUUUGUUUUGACUGUGUAGAGGGCUAGGCCACACUGCUCUAAAUAGAGCAAUACCUGUUUGUUUUAUUUUUUAAAUAUACUAACUUAUUUUAUUUAUGCUAAUAAUAGUUGGUUACUCUUUAUUAUUUACAGCUAUUGUUAUUGUUUUUAUUAUUUUGGCCAUAUUUUAUGCUGUGUUUUAUUUAAGUUUUGUUCGCAACAUCAUGCAGAGAAUUGUUCUGAGCCGUGUUUGUUAAAGUAUAUUCUGUAGCUCACGAUGUACCUUUGAAUCAAAGUGUAAAUUAAAUUAUAUUUUUGCUAACCUGGUCGUAUUCACGUGUGUUCUUGGCAAAGUAUGAAUACAGUUCAACUCCGUUGUUGUGGAUCAUGGGAUGUGGGUAAACGGCAGAAGAAGAAAAAAAAAUGUUUGCCCUACACUUUUGAAGCAUCAACAUUUUGCCUGUGACAAAAAGAAGAGAGUUUGGCCUCUAAACAGGAGGGACUCAGCUGUUCCGCCCUCAGUGUUUGUGGGGAGGGAUACGCGGGCAGCUGCGUGCUAUAGGGAGGAUUUAAAUGCCAUUUUCUUUCCAUAAUGAAGAAGGCAGGUGCCCUUGGAACCCCGCUUUGUCCACAUAAGACCUUCAUUUUCAGCACCCACUCAGCUAUCCCGCUAAUGAAACACUUACCAAG